AUGAACUUUAAUGCCCCAUACAAACCUCCCCGGAGAACGCAAGGAAAAUCUGUUGUUAAGAAAGUUCCUACUCGGCGUAACACGAUGCUUCGUCCCCUGGGGUCUUUCCGUUGUCUGGCGAAGCAAGUUGAAGAUUUUAGCGAGCCUGACGCGUUAUUCGUUGCUGAAGAAACUGAUGAUUACAACACAAUAAGUGUGGACCUUGAAGCUUCAACAACGUCCACGCUUUUGCCUGCUACAAAUCAACAAUCUCAUGUCGUCCCACCGACUCACAAGCAUCAGCGAGAUUACGAGCAACACUCAGUUCAAUGGAGAAGGCGUACCACAAAGAAGAAUAAAACGUGGGAAGGCGAUGGUAUCUUGAUAAUAAACUACGUUCCCGAAUGCAACCAGGCCAUCAUCACCCUCAAGAAUGCCGAUGGGCCGAUACUUGCACGUAAACGUUUACAAAACCUUCCAUUAGGUUGGAAAGAUGUUGAAAUUGUUUGUGGAAACUAUGAACUAGAAAUUGAGCAAUGCGAUAGUGUGGAAGAGCCGGUAAAGCGGCGACGAGUGAUAAAAGCUCUUCAACCUCGGCUGGUUACCAAAAAUCCGCCACCGUCGAUCUCAAAGCCUAAAGCUGUCUUCACGCUUGACCCCACUCUCGAAUCUAAGCUACGUCCUCACCAACGGGAUGGAGUCAAGUUCAUGUUUGAGUGUAUUCUGGGACUCAAGGAUUUUGCUGGCAACGGCUGCAUUUUGGCUGAUGAAAUGGGGUUGGGUAAAACUCUUCAAGUAAUAGCCUUGGUCCACGGCUUGAUAAAAACGGCGCUUUCGACGUCUACCGCACCCAAAGUUGUCAUAGUGUGCCCUCUCACGCUCAUUUCAAAUUGGAUGGCCGAAUUUAAAAAGUGGGUCGGGCCAACAGUGCUGAUUUUAAGGAUAACCGAUCAAGAUCAAGAACAUCAAAUUCGUAAGUUCGGCGAGCUUCAAGUAUACCAAGUGAUGAUAGUUAAUUAUGAAAAAGUCGUCUCAAAUGCUCAAUUAUUUACGGACCUAGCCAACCUUGAUUUGAUCGUUUGUGAUGAAGGCCACCGUCUCAAACUGACUUCAUCAAAGACUUGGACGGCUUUGCUGAGGUUGCCGUGCAAAAAGAGAAUCAUUCUUCUGGGUACUCCGGUACAAAAUGAUCUCAAUGAAUUCUAUUCGUUAAUCGACUUCGUCAACCCGGGUAUUUUAGGCAAUCCUCGUGACUUCCAACGAGAUUUCGUAAUGCCAAUCAGCAAUUCUCGAGAGAUCAACAACUAUGCUCCAGAGGUAAAGCAAUUGGGGGAGUCUGCACUGGCUAAGUUGCUCGAAAUCACCUCGAAGUUUAUGCUUAGGCGAACUCUGCUGAUCAUGUCGUCGCACUUGCCACCACGAAUUGACACCAUAUUAUUUGUCCGACCGACCUCUCUUCAGGUCAAGAUUUAUGAAAAAAUUCUUGCAAACUCAAGAAGGUUCGAUCAAAUGGAUGCAUUAGCAACGAUCAAUCUUCUUCGUAAGUUAUGCAACUCCCCAAGGUUAUUAGCAAAUGACGAACUUUGGAAAUCCAUUUGUUCAGAUUUUGCUGAAAGUCUAAAGAUCACUCUGGGCAAAAUUAAUCUUUUGGUACCAAUGCUUCAAGAAAUUGUGUCUAUGAACGAAAAAAUUGUGAUUGUACUGAAUUUUACUCUGACGCUUGAUUUGAUUCAACUGGUGUUGGAGAAGUUAGAACUAGCCUUUAUAAGACUAGAUGGACAAACUCAUGCAAAGCACAGAAGCAAGUUGGUGCGAGAAUUCGAAACAAAUAGUCAGAUCUCUUGUUUUCUAUUAUCAAGUAAAGCUGGUGGUGUCGGGCUCAAUUUGGUUAGCGCUCUGCGUCUUAUUCUUUUCGACAAUGAUUGGAAUCCACUGGUUGACCUUCAACUGAUGGGCCGCAUUCACCGCGAAGGUCAAACUAAACCCUGCUAUAUAUACCGCCUCGUUACUACAGGUUGUAUCGAUGAAAAAAUUUUGCAACGUCAGUUGAUGAAAGGAAAUUUGUCAGCAGCUUUUGUUGAUCUGAUUAGCGGAACAGAUAACGCAUUCUUCAAAGAAGAUCUUUGUCAAUUGUUCGAGAUAGAUUUGAAUACAGACAGCAAUACGCAUGAUUUGAUUGCUUGUCGAUGCAAAUCCGACUUCAUGAAUGAGUCGCUAGACCUUGGUGUGGCAGGUUCUAUACCAAUUGAUGAUUCCAUUGUCAGCGCAAAUUCAGUACUCGAAUCAAUGAAAACUGCCAAGAAGGAACUGUUCAAAGUCAUAGCUCGUGCUCUCAAUGAGUACACUCACAUCAGCACUAAUACUCAAGACGUACAUUCCAUCAAAGACACCGCAUUGAAAAAGAUUUUAACGCACGAGAGUUUUGAUGCGCCCGUGUCAUUCAUUUUAACGAAAUCGUCAUGA